AUGCAAACCUACAACAUCGACACUAAUAUAGACGUCAGAGGUGAUGCAACUACCGUCGAUUUUUCGAUUCCAGUGGCCGGUGCCAGUCUUCCGGUGGAGAUCGUCGGCCGGCGGGUGUGCCAACCGCAAGACAUGUUCGACUGGGAGCGUAGUGAAGCGCGAGCCGAAGUUUUGGUGUUCGUCCGGCACAUGAACGAUGUGACCAAGCGAUACCCAGUGGCGACAUCUGCGAGGCAGCUUCGGCGGUCACGUAACAACAACGUGAACAGGGCGUUGGUGGUGUUGCGAACUGUCAGUGAGUGGGUGGCUAAAAAUUGUUUGCUUGUCGGUCAAGACAACCUUCCGAAGACGAUAGCAGAGUGUUUCUGCCAUUUCCACGGCCAGCUGCGGGCCGACGGACGGACCCUACUUGACAGGACGUACGACGGUCAUGGCCUUGGCCGUGCCGACUAUCGGGAUGUCAUGCUUCCCGUCUACUUAGAACAGAGCUUUGGUGAYCCAGUCACGAUGACCUACGGGCCUGCGCACGAACUAUCGUUCUGUGCUUUCCUCAUGUCGCUGUUCAAACUAUGCCACUUGACGUGGRCCGACGAACCGUACUUGGACGUUGUGAAUCAAGUAAUACAAUUUUAUCAGUUGAAACCAUCAAAAAGCGAGUACGGUGGUAACUUAGGUAACUGGUACUUGAGCGGUUACCAAUUCGUCGGGUUCCUGUGGGGCAGCGCGCAACUGGCGGGAAGCAGCGGCGACGGCGAUGUCUCUGUGUCCGAUGGCAGACUGUCGCUGUCGUCACCAGCGGCAGUCAUAAUGGAUGUAGAUGCAUGCCGAAGCCACCGGGAUGAGCACAUAUUUGCCAAAUGCAUGGACGCUGUGUACCGCCGGGCUGGAAAUGGUGUACCAUUGUGGUACCACUCGUACCAGCUGUGGAACUUGAMAGCUCUUAAAAGGUGGGACCGGGUAAACGGGUGCCUGUUGGCUGCAUAUCAGCGGGAGGUGUUAGACCGGUUCGAGGUCAUCCACCAAUUAGUUUUUUGCGAACUGUUCAAAUUCGCCCAAAACUUACGUCCACCUGGCAUAUCGUUUUAUGACAUUGUACCUACGAUUUCACCGUUGGAGACGGCCGCGGCGACGACGAACGUUUGGACCUACGAUGACGACAAAAAUAACAGCGGCAAAGACGAAGACGGCGAAAGAAUUAUCGAAUACGGUGAAAUGGAAGAUGAGGAAAUGGAGGCCGUGGAAACAGGAGACAUUGAAACAUUCAAGGACGAAAGAUAA